AAGAAAAAUCGGAGCGUCGUUUCUUCAACGUUUGCAUCCAGAUAACGCUUCAAUUGUUCCACGAGUGACAAGCUCCGAUUGAACAACGCGCGUAUCCUCGGAUUAACUGGUUCCUGGACGCAACGCUCGAGUUCGUUACCGCGAGCGUCCCUUCCAGGCUCCUCUUCCUACUAUGCACACCGAGAGCAUCGCGAUUACUAUGAGAGAAUGAGCUGCUCGGUGAAGAUCUCGUGUGGCAAGAGUUGGAGCGGUUCGCAGCGGAGGAUCAACUCUCUCGCGGAGGAAACUACUUGUUCCACAGCUAUAAGUGCGACUUGCGCGAACCUAGCCGCACCGUUGGCCACCGUAGCGUCGACGUCCACGUCGACCACGGCCACCACGUCUACGCCGACCACGGCCAACCCCGUCUCCCCGAGUACGAUCACCAGUGGUAGCCAGAAAACCACGCCGCCGCGUCCCAUCAGGUCGAUCGUCGCUAGAAAAGGGGAGGAUACCACGAAACUGCUCAAGUACAUCGAGGAUAACGUCAUCGGCAAGAACGGCACGUUCUUCGGACCAUUCGGCCGCAGGAAAGUGGUCUAUUGCGACUAUACCGCCUCCGGCAGGUCACUGCAAUUUCUCGAGGAGUACAUCGCGAAGGAGGUGCUGCCAUGUCUGGGCGACACUCGGACGUCCACGUCUAUCUGCAGCCUGCAGUCCUCCCUGUUUAGACACGAAGCCAGAGACAUCGUCAGACACGCGGUGGGGGCUGGCGAACAGGAUGCGGUGCUGUUCACGGGUCAAGGCACGGCUGCUGCCCUUCGCACGCUGUUGCGACACCUCGAUCUCACCAAAUCCACCGUCGUCUUUGUGGGACCGUUCGAGCAUUACGCGAAUCUGCGACCUUGGCGUGAGCACGAUGUCAGGAUAGUACGAGUGUCCGAAACCCGAGAGGGUUUCUUGGAUCUGAACGAUCUCGAGCGGUGUUUAAUGAAAGUGCGAGCGGAGGGUGUUGCGCAAAUGAUCGGAUGCUUCAGCGCUGCCAGUUGCAUCACCGGGGUUUUGGCAGAUGACGUCGCCACAACUCUCCUACUGCAUCAAUAUGGAGCACUCAGCGUUUGGGAUUACACAACCGCAGCUCCAUACGUUCCGAUCGAUAUGAAUCCCCACUUGCCCGGUGUCGGAGAGACAGCUGUUCACAAAGACGCGAUUAUUUUCGCCGGGCACAAGUUCAUCGGGGGAGUUCAAUCGCCCGGCGUACUCGUGACCAAACGGUUUCUCUUGAAAGAUAAAUUUGGCAUGGAAGACAUGAGGGACUCCCAUUACUAUCACUGGGACUUGGAGCUUCGCGAGGAAAGCGGCACGGCCGGUGUCGUUGAGACCAUCAGAUGCGGACUCGCGGUUCAGCUGAAGGAGAACGUUACACCGCGAGCUAUCGUCGCUCGUCAAGAUAAGAUAUCCAGGCAAGUGUUGGCUCACGUGCGCACGAUUCCGGAACUGAUUCUGCUCGGUAGCGGCUCGCAGAAUGUUAAGAGGCUUCCCAUAUUUUCGUUCAUGGUGCGUCACCCGCGGGGCACGUUUCUUCAUCACAACUUCGUGUGCGCCGUUUUAAACGACGUCUUCGGGAUCCAGGCGCGCAGCGGGUGCGCUUGCGCGGGUCGUUACGCUCACGACCUGAUGGGAAUCGACCAAGAACUCGCCAAGCAGUACGAGACGGUUGUAGCGGCAGGCGCGCAGAACAGCCUGAACGGAGAGACGAGCACCGAAGGACUGAGGCCAGGAUUCGCGAAACUCUCGUUCCCGUACUUCAUGUCGGAAGCGGAGGUCGCCUUUACAUUGGAGGCUUUGAAGAUGGUGGCCACGGAAGGCUGGAAAUUGCUGCCUCAGUACGUGAUGAAUCCGGACACGGGAGAGUGGAGACAUCACACAAACAGCGUGUUCAAAGAGCGAAAGUGGCUCGGGUCGAUCCGAUAUACCGAUGGGAAAAUGAACGCUUCCGAGAGACGAGUAUCCGGAUCGGGCAUCGUUCCGCAGAACUACGGCGAUUGUUUGCAGACCGCGCGGAACAUCUUUAACCGCGCCAGGAAGAUGGCGCAGAGGUAUCCCCUCCGUAUAGACCGUAGCUACAUCUUCACGUCGGAAUGGAUGGAAGCUCUCCGGUGGUUCAUGAUGCCCUGCGAGGCACAGUAUCUACUUCUGGGCAACUCGCAGAACGUGAAGCAAGACGUGCCUUUCAGUCCGACGCUGUCGUGGAACAAGCAGGGCCAUCAGACGCCGACUACCACCCACGACAGCCUGGUGAACUGCUUAGCCUUGGCCAACAGUAUCCGGCGGCUGAACAGCGACAUUCCUCACACGGGAAACGCUCCGAUCUCGGUUACGUCGCCCAGACAUCGUAGCCUUCCCGCGUUGAGCACCGCCAGGAGGACACUGCUGAGCACGGUGGAUUCCCAGGCGUCGUUCUCGAGCUCCGGUAGCGGAAACGAAGAGGAACGAUCGGCGAACACCGAGUCUAUCGGAGGCGAGAGGUCACCGGCUACUUGCCCGAGUUCACCGAUGCCCGUGAGAUUCGCCGUUGGCGAGGCGGUGACGCCUUCGACUCUCGGCACGAUAUCUCGCACGGACAACAGACCGAUCAAAGAGCAAAGAGAUCUCGUGGACGCUACCAACGCUGGCCGUGCCAGAUGUAACUCCCUCGGUAGUGCCGGCGGCGGAGAGAACGCUUCGGGUAAUCGCAAGGUGGUGUCUUCGUCGUCCUCGCCCGUACCGCCGUUGCCUUUGAGUCCGCAGACUUUGACCAGCUUGGGCUUGAGCGGAAGCAGCGGCAACACGACGAAACACAGACGACACCACUGUAGCUGCAGCAGUCAAACCGAAUUGAACUCUUUGGAGCUGGACAACGGAAGCCCGAAUCACUCGAUCCUAUCCUUGAACUACCACAUCGCGGCCUCGCCUCCGUCUUCGUACUCGUCCGUCGGCGAUUACACGGAGAAGUUGGUGGCCGGGGGAAGAGCGUCGCCGAUUUUCACCAACUGCGGGCAAAGAUCGGAGGACGAUCUGAGCGCGUAUGUCAAAGAGGUGACGAAGGAACUGGCGACGGAGAUCAAGUCGGAGAUUCGCGAGGUGAUUUCGAAGGUCGAUGACGCCCUGUCCGAGUCCAACACGUCGGAGAACACCCCGCAGCAUCACUCGCGGAACAUCGGUGCCAUCGGGCAACUGUCGGUGGAAGACAAGCAGGUCAGACACGAUUCGUUUACGGCGAGUGACAUCGCGGAGUACUUGAUGGAGUUCUCCAAGGAGAUGGCCAGCGAGGUCAAGUCCGAAAUCAGAUGUAUGGUGAACGCGGUGGACGGACUUCACAGACACUCCCCGGACGCGUCCGCCUCGGAUGUCUCCUCGAACGGUUGCGGUUCUCCAGACAGAGGGAGGAUCGUUCAACCAUCUGCGUCGCCCAGGCUUUCGAGCACAAGGCGAAGCGGACCGAUAGAGAUCACGGGGAAGGUCGGCGAGCUGACGCAACAGGAGAGCAAGAUGUCCAGCGAGUGUUCCUCCGACGAGACUGUGAUAUACGUGAUGAAACCGCCCGAGAACGAGCAGAUGGUUAGCGGUCAUUGUCAGUCGAAAACCGACGACGAGGUGGUGGUGCACGACCUCGACGACGACCUCAACGAUGACGACACUCGCGAACGCGGCGGCCUGGACAUCGGCGACGCGCGAAAAAUUCUACCCAAGAUCUAUUCGGCGGUGAACUCGGUCAGUUCUCAAGACAGCGGCAUCAACUUAUCGUUCCACGAGAGCGACAAAUCCCUAGACUCUGUGGACCUGAAGCGUAGCAGUAGCGCUGAGUCGAAUUCUACGAACAGCUACGUUCGUAAGCCGAGAGCCUCGUCCAUGAGCGCUCUGUCCAACAAAUCCACUUGCAAGCAACAGGUACGCCAGAACGACGACUUCUCGGAGGACGAAGAAUGCUCGAGCGAUCUGAAGGAGGAGGAGGACCAAGCGGCGGUGUUCGAAUCGAAGGAUGGCAAGGCAGAAGCGUCUAGCGCGCAGUGGCACUGUCCGUCGAAGAACGUUUGGAAACCAGCGGUGGAAGCUAUGCAGGAAUUCGACAUGAUCCGGGACAACGACAGAGUGCUAGUUUGCUUGUCGACCAACGGUAAGGACUCUUUGUCCCUGUUGCACACGUUGCACCAGUACAGAUUCUACGUGAGAUCGAAAGGCGUGGACUUCGAGAUCGGCGCUGCCUCGGUGAACGCAAAUGGAUCGGAUCCCAUAGAGAUGAUGAGUUACUUGAAGGCACUCGACGUUCCUUAUUUCUACGAGGAGCUGCAAGCCGCUGAGACGAAACACGUCGGCGGCGAGAAUCGCUCGGAAGAUCCCCUGGACGGCAGCGGUGCGUGCAGCUUUUGCAAUCGCACGAUCAGAGCAAAAUUAUACUCGGUCGCCAAGCGGCACAAUUACAACGUGUUGGCUAUCGGCCAGCACCUCGACGACCUCACCGAGGGUUUCCUCGACUCAGUUUUUCACGCCGGCAAACUGAGAACCAUGAAAGCCCAUUACUACGUCCGUCGUCACGAGCUCAGGGUCGUCAGACCGUUCGUCUACGUUCGAGAGAAGUCGCUGAGGCAAUUUGCCGAGAGCAAGAAGCUGUUGGCUUUGCGGGAAACAAGCCCGUGCGACCUUCCCGAGAGACGGAAUCAAAGCAAAGAGCUGAUCGUCCAGCAGGACCGCGGUCAUCCUCGUCUCUCUUGGUCCUUGAGAUCGGCUCUGCGACCAUUGAUAGACGCCCACGGACGACGAAUCGACGCGGACGUUGUCUGCGGGAACAGCGGCGGCGUUGGGAACGGUUCCAGUAGUUCCAGCGCGAGCAGCAGCAGCAGCUCUAAUAGCGGGGGCAACAAUCAACAAAAGAGACAACGAAAGUUGAAGAUCAACUCCCUGGUGACUGGCUCUGCGGUCCAGCUGCAAACGCAGAAACAAGAUGGCGACGAGGAGACAGACGAGGAACCGGUCCUUUGAGGGAGACCCGUCGCGAGAUGUGAUUUCAAUCGUUCUUCGAUCUCAUCCGCGCACCACCGUCAAAAAUUACCUUUGCCUGCCUUCUCCGUGGUCAGGAGAAGACGAUUACGAUUCGCGGCCGGCGUCGCCACCGCGAACGUUCAGGACCCGGUGGAGGAAUGCUAAGAGAUGGUAGCUGAAUUGCGCGUGGAUUCCAUGCAUCGACCCCUUUACCGAACCGCUGAUUUCGUCAGUGGCGUUGGUUUGACAGUUUUAGACGGUCGAUGCCUGCCAACGAGCGCAAGCAUUCACCGGACGUUUCAAGAUUGUGAACCGCGACACUCGCGACAGUUCCUGGAUAUUUUGGAUUUCGUGCCGGUCAAGACGUUUCGCGAGAGGACGUUGAUGAAGUUAGGGAGACUUGUUGGAACAACGGAUGCAACGACGGAACGAUGUUUUUGUCUUUCAACCAAGUGGUCUAUGUUACCGCGUCUUUGCGAUCCAUCCGUAUCCAACGGUAAUGCUUCAAACUAUUUAAAACGUUGUGCGCGGUUAAAUGUUUACUUACCUAUGGACACUUAGCGUUAAUAACCACAGAAUGUUGAGACUUCGGUUGUACUUUUCGAGGUAAGAGUACGCAGACUUGGAAGCGUUGUCCAAUCGAAUCGAGGACCAUCGGUUCGAUGUUCGGGAGACCUUUGGAUAUUGGCGACCGUGCGAAACCAACGACGAGAACCUAACGACUCGGCAAGCGGAAACAUCGACUUGGGAGAUCUGCCGCCAAUCACCUCGUCGAGGUGAACUCUUCCAUCUCUUAGUUAGUCGAGUCGUUUCUUUCGCUUGCCGAAACUUAGGAAGCCGUUCUUGGAUCGUUCUUUGUGUUGUUCAUUGCCCGUCGUACCCAGCGAUCGGUAUACCGGUAGACUCGAUGACACGGCUGAACUGACAAAAUAAGCGGAUCGAGACGCUUACGUUUCGCUGGUACGCGAGCAAACGCGAGGAACGCAGCGAUUUGAGAAGCGCCAAAACCUCGACUGCUCAAAGGACUGCCACGCGGUUCAAUGGACACUUAAUUUUUUAUAUAAUUGUGAUUUGAUAAAUCGCGAAUACGUGUCCCGCUUCGACGAUAGUUUAGGGUUACUACGAUGUUAAGAUACAAAAUUUUUGUAAACCGUAAACGUCGCCAGACUAUGGUCGAGACGAGUCCCCUUUUCGAACAUUUUUUGAUUAUCGGAAGCGGCUGAAAUUUCCUAAGAACGAGGGGAGAGAGGAAGACGCGCGCGAGUUCCUUUAUCGUUGUCGAAUCGAUAAAGCGUACAUUUUUUUUGCGGUCAAGAAAAAUGUCACACUUGACAGUUUCGAGAACGUUAAACGCGAAGAGGAAAAGCCGUGCGAUUACCGACCUCGAAGAGCAAAAAACCAAUCGACGGAGGAUUUGUUAAAAUUGUCUGGUGUUCCGUACGGCGCGGUGGAUGAAGAAGAUAUUGAGAGGUGAAGGUUUUGACAAAUUCUCAGCCGUACGUACUUCGAUUGCACGCGCACAAAAACGCGCGCGCCGGCGUGCGCGCACAACUCGUAAAUACGUGUACAUAAAAUAUGCUUCUGACGAGUAAACCGAAGGAACGUGGUAUAUCAUUAAACGAAAGCUUUUUCCUCUUAACUGGUACAUACAUAUACAUAUACAUAUACAUUAUAUAUACAUAUAUCGCCUUGUUCGAUAUCAUUGGCGGAUCAUAUUUUUUGACUAUUGUAUAGCCUUUUUUUCGUCGGUGAAAAAGAACGACGGUACUACGCGCGAUACUUUCGACUCCGACGCAAGCAAGGAAAACAUUUUGAAACGCAUCCGCUUGUCAUUGGGCCGAUGAACUGGGACACGGAACGAAACGUUCCGGUCGCGAUUCAAUUUUUCGACCACGUGAAAAAGAAAA